GAAUGGGUAGUUGCACAGACAGGCAGGUAGGUUGAGGAGUAGGUGGAAAGACAGAUGAAUAAAUGGGUGCAUAGUUGGUGAGUGAUAGAUGGAUGAGUGACUGGAUGGAUUAAUGGACAGAAGCAUGCAUGGACGGAUGGGUAUACAGGUAAAGAGACGAGCCUGGAUAGAUGGAUAACUGGUUAGGUGAGUGGGGACAAGAACAGAUGGAGAAGGUAUGGCAAACAUUACUCCACCCACAUCACCAAGUAGGAGUCUUCUCUGAUAAUUCCAGGCUGACAAAGGAGUGAUAAAGAAGUGACAGAUAAAAAGAGAAGGGAAAAUGCCAAGAGUGUGCCAGACAGUGUGCUGUUUAGCCAGAGAGCAGAACAGAACUCAGACAGGAGAAUAGAGAAUUUUAACAGAUAUUCAAUCUCAAAGCAAAGAGACCUCUUCAGCCUGAGUCCCACCAGGAUAGUUUCAGUGCAGUCUUCAUAAACUUUUACGGAGUUCUCACAGUCUAACCUGAAGGCGUUUCCUUACUGAUGCCUCCCCAGCCAGUCAUCUCCUGAGUAGAAGAGGGGAGCAAAUGGGCCACCAAUCCAGUAUCUUCAGCUGGAAGUUGAAUCCAUCACAGGCAGUUGAGUGUCCUGAAGCAGGGAGGGGGAGAUUUCAGAGGCUGGUAGGGAUGGCAUUUUGAGGGCUUCUACAGAUGGAAGACUCUACCAGGUUCUCAGUCUAGGGAGGAUAUGCACCACAGACUGUCAUCUCUUACCCGGUCUGACCAUAUACCAGGAUCAGAAAAUAGUGCUGAGAGCUGAACCCAGAAUCAAAAGAGAAAUGAGUGUUCCUCGGCCUUUAGUGGAGGAAGAGUAUGAUAUGUCAGGCGCCCGCCUAGCCCUGACGCUGUGUGUCACCAAAGCCCGGGAAGGUUCAGAGGUAGACCUGGAAGCCCUGAAAAGCAUGUUCCAGCACCUGGGAUUCCAGAGCACCAUGAAAAGAGAUCCCACUGCCCAGCAAUUCCAUGAAGAGAUGGAAAAAUUCCAGCAGGUCAUAGAUAGCUGGGAAGAGCCUGUCAGCUGUGCCUUCGUGGUGCUCAUGGCCCAUGGGGACGAAGGCCUCCUCAAGGGAGAAGAUGGGGAGAUGGUCAGGCUGGAUGACCUCUUCCAGGUCCUGAACAACAAGAAUUGCCAGGCCCUGAGAGCCAAGCCUAAAGUGUUCAUUGUGCAGGCCUGUCGAGGAGAAAACAGGGACCUCGGAGAAACAGUAGGUGGAGAUAAGGUCAUGAUGAUCACCGAUGACAGCCCCCAAACCAUCCCAACUUACACGGAUUUCCUCCACGUCUACUCCACAGUGGAAGGGUACAUUGCCUACAGACAUGAUGAGGAAGGCUCUUGUUUCAUCCAGACACUGGUGAAGGUGUUCAGAGAUAUAAAAGGAUCCAUCCUGGAACUUCUGACGGAGGUGACCCGGCGCAUGGCAGAUGCAGAGCUGCUUCAGGAAGGGAGAAUGAGGAAAGUGAACCCUGAAGUCCAGAGCACCCUCCGGAAAAAGCUCUAUCUGCAAUAAAAGUAGAAAAGCCAGGGAGAAGCUCUCCUGCAAGUGUUCUCUUGGUCCCAUGGAUCAUUACAGGGAAGCUCACCCCAUUCCUCAAAAUCUCCUCUUUCCAAUCGGUCUUUCUUUUCACCACCUCAUCUGUGUCCUUAGAGCAAGCCAGCCAAAGUUGAGCACAAGAUAUGAUGGUAACAUGAACAUCACCUCCCUCAGGAUGGACUCCCUACCUCCACUGAUGCAACCUCAGAAUGCAUUCACUUAUCCUACUAUGCUUCUGUACACAAUUGAGAUCUUUCUCUUCCUCCUGUGAGUCAUAUCCAUACAAAAUAACUAGUUAAACUCAUGAUUUUUCACUGACAAGCCAAUACUUGCUGCCCACCUCUCACCCCACUCAAGCCUUUACCGAGACCCUGCAACUCACUCAGAGUUAUAACUUCCUUACGAGCCCAUAUUCUUUGCCAUCUCCCAGGGAUUCACUCCCAAGCCCUAGAAUUUCCAUAAGGCAUGAAUUAUUCUCCUAAACCCUGCUUCCUUGGCUAGUAAGUUAGUGCCUUGACUUAGGGUGACCUUAUGGACUUUUUCUCUGGAUAAUGCCACUACCUCUUCCUUUUCUGGUUCUCUUCCUUCUUCCCCAAAGUUCCUGGACUCUGCCCUCUCUCCAAGAAAAUCUAUCCAUUCAUUCCUCUGUUCUUUCCAUUUCAACUUUCAGCCACUCUGAAUCAGAGCAAGAGAGAGCCCACCCUGUUAUUUUACAGAUCAAGUACUAGAGACCUGGAGAGGUUAGAUAAUUUGUCAAUUGCCACACAGGAAGCCAGAGGCAGAGUUGAGUCCUAAGUUCCAGCCCAGCCUCCUUUUCACUAUCUGCUAAGUCUAGAUCUAUCGGAAAGAUUUUCUAAUUAGGACUACCUAAUAAAUGUUGUCCCUCUGUGAGAGGGAGGAGCCCUUUGGAAGACUUUUAGAAAUUUUCAAUAGCUGCCAGCUGGGGUCACCCCUGUGGAAUUUCAGCACUGGGAUGGGGGUUGGAUUAGAUGCAUGUUUUUCCAAGUCCAUGCUUUGUAGAGGUACCCACCAUCAUCAAAAAUUGAUCACUAAUGAGUCUGUUCCUCCUGGUCCCUCCUCCAAGAAUUCCCUGGCAUCCUCACCCUUAGACCACAGCCUGUUAUUUCUAAAGUUAUGUAUGACCCCUCUCUUUUGCCGUGCUUCAUGGACCCUAGACCACCAUGCCAGCCCAACCUGAUUUCAUACCUGCCUUCCCGUCCCUCCACAUCACCCUUAAGGCUUAAUCUCCAUCUUCUCCUAUCUUUAUCUUUGCAGCCAGCGUCCAUCCCUGCCUCUCCGUCUCCCUCUCUCACUGUGCUUCAUCUUUCCUUCACACCGCCUAAAAGAGAAAGUUCCCUAAAAGGAUCCAGAGGACAAAAUGAGCCCUGUUAUUUAGAGACCAAGGCCAAACUCCAUAUCUGAUUUCUCACAGCCUUAUAAUCCCGCUCCAUACCAGCACCCAGCUAAAUUCAACCCAAGCUCCUCCAUCCUGAAUGCACUCUUCCAGCAAGUCUACAUCCUCUCUCUCAUCUGUACUAAGCAUCUGCUGUCACCAUUUCCCCAAAUGAGGGGCCUCUCUCUCUCCAUCCUAUUCCCACUACCUCCCACCCCUACUUAUCCCAGAAAGCCUUUCCUAGUAGUCUUUUUAGUUGUUACAACUGUCUUACCCAGGAUGAAAUGCUAGAAAUUACCAUUUCUGGAGGCCAAGAGAAUAUUAUUGAAAUAAUGAGAGUUCAAUAAACAGUUGUAAAACUUUGCAGGAAUGGGUUGGAAUCUUCA